AUGGCGUGGUACUGUUCUGGUUCAACCAACAGCGAACUGGUUGAGAACCUCUACAGGACCGGCCUUAUAAAAAGUGAGAGGGUGAGAGAUGCCAUGAAAGGCGUGAGCAACCCCCCUCUUUCCCUUCUCACCCACCAACCAAGAAAUCUCGUUUUCUUCUCCCUGGAGAUCACUAUCUCUGCGAGAAUCAGCCACGAGAUAAAAAACCAACGGUAUCCGGAUGAGGUGAAUCUUAUAGUUGGAAGUCUGACAGAUAGGCCGUACUCAGAUUCACCGCAGCCAAUUGGACACGCCGCGACGAUCUCUGCACCGCAUAUGCACGGCCAUGCAUGUGAAUAUCUUAUCGACUUUCUCAAGCCCGGCUCACAUGUCUUGGACAUCGGGUCCGGUUCAGGCUACUUGACCCAUGUCCUUGCCAACCUUGUCACUGAUCCAUCGGCUGCAAAUCAAGCAAACGGCCAAGUUAUUGGUAUCGACCACAUACCAGAGCUUGUCAAAUUGGCCUGCGAGAAUAUGAGCAAGUCAGAGCAGGGCCGUAAGUACCUCAAGUCCGAAAGAGUGAAGUUCAUUGCUUCCGAUGGGCGGCUGGGAUGGUCCCAAGGGGCGCCGUAUGACGCCAUCCAUGUCGGCGCGGCCGCUGAACGGCUACAUCCUGUAUUGAUUGAGCAGCUUCGCACCCCCGGGCGGUUGUUCAUCCCCGUGGACAUGGGCAGUGACGAUGGAGAAGCGGGAAGUCUUGGGCCAAGCGGCGGACAGUACAUAUGGGUUGUCGACAAGAAGGCAGACGGGUCCGUCAGCAAAGAGAAAAUCUUCCAAGUCAGCUAUGUUCCCUUGACAGACCGCCCGAAGAAAUGA